CGCGCCCCUCUCCUUCCCCAGGAGCGCCCCGACGGGCUGGGCGCAGCGACUGGCGGGGCCCGCCUGUCGUCCCUGCCCCAGGCGGCCUACGGGCCGGCGCCGCCACUCUGCCACACGCCGGCCGCCGCCGCCGUUGACUUCCAGCCGCCCUACUUCCCGCCGCCCUACCCGCAGCCGCCACUGCCCUACGGCCAGGCGCCCGACGCCGCUGCCGCCUUUCCCCACCUGGCCGGGGACCCGUACGGCGGCCUGGCACCCCUGGCACAGCCGCAGCCUCCCCAGGCCGCCUGGGCCGCGCCCCGCGCCGCCGCCCGCGCCCACGAGGAGCCGCCCGGCCUGCUGGCGCCGCCCGCCCGCGCUCUGGGCCUCGACCCGCGCCGCGACUACGCCACCGCCGUGCCCCGGCUCCUGCAAGGCCUGGCCGACGGGGCGCACGGCCUGGCCGACGCGCCCCUCGGCCUCCCAGGGCUGGCGGCGCCGCCCGGCCUAGAGGACCUGCAGGCCAUGGAUGAGCCGGGAAUGAGCCUUCUGGACCAGUCUGUGAUCAAGAAAGUUCCCAUCCCCUCCAAAGCCAGCAGCCUCUCGGCCCUCUCACUGGCCAAAGACAGCCUGGUUGGUGGCAUCACGAACCCCAGUGAGGUCUUCUGCUCCGUGCCAGGCCGGCUCUCUCUGCUCAGCUCGACGUCCAAGUACAAGGUGACGGUGGGGGAGGUCCAGCGGCGACUCUCACCUCCCGAGUGCCUCAAUGCCUCCCUCCUGGGUGGUGUCCUUCGCAGGGCCAAGUCCAAGAAUGGGGGCCGCUGCCUGCGCGAACGGCUAGAGAAGAUUGGGCUCAAUUUGCCAGCUGGCCGUCGCAAGGCCGCCAAUGUGACACUUCUGACUUCACUGGUGGAGGGAGAGGCCGUGCACCUGGCCCGAGACUUUGGCUACGUCUGUGAGACUGAGUUCCCAGCCAAGGCAGCUGCCGAGUACCUGUGCCGACAGCACGCUGACCCCGGGGAACUGCACAGCCGCAAGAGCAUGCUGCUGGCCGCCAAGCAGAUCUGCAAGGAGUUUGCAGAUUUGAUGGCUCAGGACCGCUCACCACUGGGCAACAGCCGCCCAGCGCUCAUCCUGGAGCCCGGAGUACAGAGUUGCCUGACACACUUUAGCCUUAUCACCCAUGGCUUUGGUGGGCCCGCCAUCUGUGCUGCCCUUUCUGCCUUCCAGAACUACUUGCUGGAGUCACUCAAGGGGCUGGACAAGAUGUUUCUAAGUGGUGCGGGCAGUGGGCAUGGUGACACCAAGGCUUCAGAGAAGGAUGCCAAGCACAGGAAAUAAAUGCUUCUUCCACUGCCUCAUCCCAGAGCAUUCCCCAAGGCCUGAAAUGAGGCCUUAGUUCCUGGGGGUGGGCCCGAAAGGAUUAAAAGGUGGAGCUUGAGUCAGGCCAGAAAGAGAACAUUCAUCCAGAGACCAUGGGUGAGAGGGAGAAGGGGAGGUGGCCUCUCUGUGAUGGUUUGUUGGUAAGUUAAGGGCCCAGAUGUCUGUCGCAUGGGUGCAAUUUUCUGACCCUUGAUUGCUGAGAAGUGCUUGGACAGGGAAUUGGCAUGGAGAAGCCUGGUUUUGUGGCUGAGCCCUGUGCCUCAGAGCACCUGGGCAGCGGUGGAUUCUCCUAGAGGCCAAAACCUUGCUGUUUUUACUGAUGGCAGGAGGGAUAUUAACAAACCAGAGGUGCUGAGGAGUUGGUGCCCUCAUCCCAGAAUCUCCUACCCCCAGAAAAGGGGUGCUGGCAGGGGGCCCCCGUGGGUUUCUUGGAACCAUCCCACUCUUGGAAAGAAGUGGGCAGGAGGAAACCCCAAGGAGCAAAGAUAAAGCACAAAUUACAGAACUUGAAUCCAGGCUGCACUUCACAGUCCUGUUGCUGUUUGUCCUAUUUAUUUAUGUAUGUUGUAAUUAAAUUUGAAAGUUUAAAAAUGUCGAGUGCAACUUAUUUAUCCCAAUGAGUGGAGGACUCAUUUCACUGUUUUCUGCUUCCGCACCAAGACGUCCGGCUGGACCAGGAUGGAGAGGGAGUUUUUGCUCGCAAAGGGCUGUGGGUGGGCCGGGAAGGAAGAAAGAUUGUAUCAGGGACCCUGAAGUUGUCAUGGGGAUUUUGUACUUGCUGUUGUUUCUCUUGACCCUGCAGUCGAUGUACCUCUUUGACUCUCCGAUGGCUUUCUCAUUCUUAAUAAAACCUAUUCAUUGGAUAUGAAA